CCAAGUUUCCUACCUAUAUCGAUCGAAUCGCCACGGACUAUGGGUUGGACACUCGGACUUUUGCUUUUUCUUUGUGCAGGCGCUCUAACUAAUCAACAAGAGAAUAGUGUGAAUAGCAUAGUAGUUAAUGGCGGUGCCAUAUCAGUGAACACCUCCACAUCUGGCUUGGAUAAUGCCUCGGGGAAUUCCGUAGUUCCAGGACCGGGGUUCAUGCAAGAAACCAAAAUCGGCGAUGUUCCCGGUAAAAAAGGUCCCCCAUUGAAGGGUCUUGGUAAUAAUAUUGUCAUUACGAGCGAGAGCAAGCAUAAAGCGAACGGUAAGGUGAACGCAGUUAACAGCAAGGUUCAAUCGGUGACGAAAAAGCCCAAGACAAAGACCAAGACCGCCACCCGCAAAGCCAAAGGCUGAAUUGGAAUGACCUUGGAAUAAUCGAACAGGCGAUCGAACUACGAUCAUAUUUUAAGAAUUUGUAAUAAAUGCAUUCUGAUCCUUA